UUCAAAGCUGUAAUUCAUUUAUAAUAGAUACCUUCCUAUCUUYAAUCAUGAUUAACAAUUUUAAAAUGUUAACUUUAUGUUUCAUGCUUUAUUUUGUAGGUUGUCAUUCUAAUGGAGAAAAUGAUGGUACUGAUUUAGCGAAGGAAGAAAAAUACAGAAUUUGCAUGGAUGAAAUGGCAUCAUUCUAUUUAGCAAUGAAUGGAAGUGAAAACGGAAUAUACUUGUAUGUACCCUCAUAUAWAAAAAGAAUGGGACAUUUUUUGAACAAUACAUUUUUUUCUAAAUAUUUAAAAGAAUAUGGCAAUAAUAAAUCAAACAAUCCAGAUAAACCACUUACACCAAUAACGUUUUGUAAUGGAAUCCCCGGAAACUAAGAAGAUUAAUUUUGUAUUACGUUAUAGGAUGAGGUAUAGGUAAAUAAUAUAAUUUAAUUUAAUCUUUUGUGAUAGURUGAUGUUUUAAUCAGUUUAGGUUUAGUUAAUGCUUUUUAUCUUUGUUCAUGACCAAAAUGUAUUCAGUCAACGUCAAGCAAAAAGUGGUUAUUAUUAUUCAUUUUGUAAUAUCAUUUAUACAGUUUACAAUUUGAAAAUACAUAUUUUUUUAAUAAUACA